UAUAAUAUAAAUUCAUAAUAUAAUAAUGUCAAUAUUGAAUGCCGGCUAACCCGACUCCAAAUCCAUAUCUCUGGCCCUAAUUUGAUUAUCCAAUUGAUACAUACAAUGCCAAUUUCGUUGAUGAAUUUCGGUCGUUCUUUGCCUUUUUCUACCGUUUUCAGGCAGCUAGAGCAGCAAAUUGAGACUGUAGUUAAAGUACUGAAACCAGGCCCUUUGGGGAUCACCGAACACAAGUUUUCUGCUGAGGAGAUAGACAAGGCAAAUGCUACAGUUAAGAGGGCAGUGGAGAAUUGGCAAAGAAAUGCAGUCAUGGAACGGAAUAGUCCAUUUUUGAAAGAUUUUAUUAACUGACUGAUAAAUAAUUGUUUUUUUCAAAUUUUUUUACUAGUUUUUUUAAUCAGAAACAAAUUGUGUAAUAACUAAAAAAUUAGACUCUUACGGUGUAUUUGCUUUUGGUACCUAUUCUUAUUUACACAGUUA